AAAAUACAAAAAAUUAGCCAGGCAUGGUGGUAGGCGCCUGUAAUCCCAGCUACUUGGGAGGCUGAGGCACGAGAAUCACUUGAACCCAGGAGGCAGAGGUUGCAGUGAGCCAAGAUCGCGCCAUUGCACUCCAGCCUGGGCAACAAGAGCAAAACUCCAUCAAAAAAAAAAAAAAAAAAACCCACAUUUUCAUGAACAUCAUCCAUCUACACUGCAGGAAGUAAUAGACUAGUCUUCUGAAUGAUGAACCUAGCAAUUGUCACCAAGUGAAAACCUUAGUCACUAAAAUUUCUUGGAAUAGCAUUCAAGGUCUUGCUUUAACACAAAACCCCAAAACUUGGUGGCACAAAACCACCAUUUUCUGAUGGAUCGGGAAUCCAUAAUGUCUGAAGUGUCAGCUAAGAAAACUCCAAGGCUGGGUUCCAGGCUGGAACUGCCUGGGGCAUCUCCCCACGCACACACUGGUACUUGGCUGGACCACCAGCAGGUUCUGCUCCCGUGUUUCUUCGCAGUUUGUCCAUUGGGCCGAUUUGGGCUUGCUCACAGAGUGUCAGCCAAGAUCCCAAGAUCAAGCAUCCAAAGAGAACCUGGUGGGACUUGUAUUUCCCUUUAUGGCCUAGCCCUGGAAGUUACAUGGCAUCUCUCUGGCCAUAGUCACAGAGGCAAGAAACAGAGGGCAUCUCUCAGUGGGGAAUCAGAGUCACAUGAUUACAAGAACACAUGGGAUGGACAGGUUGCCACCAUUGUUGGCAUGUAUUAAUAAAGUCUGCCAUGGCACUCCAUAGCAUUUAGACACCCACCUUUCUAGCCCUACCUCCCACUUAGUGAUUGUCUAUAAGUAUGCACAGCCUUACCUUGGCACUGAGAGGGAUGCAUGGCUGAGCAGGUGUCAUCUCAUCUGUAAGAAGCAAUAGCAGAGGGAAUCCAGAAGGAGCUGCUCUGUUCCGCUCAUUGUCACCUGCUCCUCUGCACACCUUCCUUCAUGCUCUUCCCUCAGCCUCUCCCCAGCUCACACCCCUUUACUUGAAACUCUGCUCAUUUUUCAGGCCCUGCUUAAAUGCCAUCACCUCCAUGCAGCCUCUUCUGAUGUUUGUCAUUAGAAUUGUUCUUCCCUGUGUGCACCACCGAUCACUUCCACAGCGUGGAUUCUGUCUGUGAUGCACAUGUGCAGGAUGCCAGGAGUGCCAAGGCAGAAAGACACAAUGCUGCCCCCAGGAACUUACUGACUGGUGGGCACAGUACAGAUACCAGGGGUGAAGACAGUGAGGAUUCUUCCCUUCUGACCCUUUGCAGAUGGUAAAGGAAGGAGCUCAUCAGCUGAUUCCCCCCACUGCCCCUUAAGAACAAAAUCCCUUGAAAAAUUCCAAAAGCUUUAACUCUGAUCACUGUUAAGGUACUAAACAAGAGGAUAAUGGGGUAAGGCAAAUGGGGCUAGUGUAGUGCAGCAGUCUGACCCUCAAGAGCAGAGGAGCUUGGUCCUAGCCGGUUUGGUUUCGGGCCUACUCUGGCAUUUGGUAUUUUGAGCUCACCUCUCUUUUUCUCUUGGAGUGACUGCUUCCUGCAUCUGAUGCAUCUCCAUGGGCUCCCCUCAGACCCUCUUCUGAAGGCCUGGGGUGUCUCUCCUGCCACCAUGCCUGUGUCUGCAGGUGCCUGCCACCAGCCCCAGUCUGCUGCACGGGCCCUGGCGGGUAGAAAGCACUCACCUUCUGACCACACGGGGAGCUGAGGGUCAGAGACGGAGGAAGGCUCGACCCUCCACCUUGAAACCUUGAGAUGGGGAUGCUGCUCAUUCUAGCCAGCUCCUCCUCGGCUCUCCAAACAAGGAAAGGGUGCUCAGGAAACCAGACCUGGACAAAAGGCAUCUGAGCCUGGUGUGAGGCAGAUUCCGGAAGUUUCGUUACAGACAUCCUUUAUAAGGAGUCUUCCUCGGGAAUUCAAGACAACCUGGUGAUUCAUUGAAAUUGGCCUGUGAAAGAGAAUCCACAUGGACUUCCUGCCGCCUCUUGAGGUGUUUGAUGUACAGAGGAAAGUCACCUAUAAGAACCUGAGCACCUGGUACAUGGAGCUUCGGGAGUUCAGGCCAGAGAUCCCAUGCAUCGUGGUGGCCAAUAAAAUUGAUGCAGACAUAAACGCGACCCAAAAAAGCUUCAAUUUUGCCAAGAAGUUCUCCCUGCCCCUGUAUUUCGUCUCAGCUGCUGAUGGUACCAAUGUUGUGAAGCUCUUCAAUGAUGCAAUUCGAUUAGCUGUGUCUUACAAACAGAACUCCCAGGACUUCAUGGAUGAGAUUUUUCAGGAGCUCGAGAACUUCAAGUUGGAACAGGAAGAGGAGAAUGUGCCGGACCAGGAGCAGAACAGCAGCAUCCAGACCCCAUCAGAGGCGGUGGCCUCUCCCCACAGCUGAGGGCCUGGGGCUAGGGGUGGGUGGAGCCUUUUUAAAAUACCCUUCCCUUCAACAGCUCUCCAGCUCUGAAUGGAGAAACUCUCUAGGCCAUCCCCUCUUCUACCUCCUGCAACCCAUCCAUCCGAUUAGCCUCCCACAUUCAAGGCCCUUAAUGCAGAGAUGAGGUCAGCACCAGCAAACUCUGGACUGGUGGAAGAAGUCCUCACCAGAUCUCCUUGAAGCAGAAUUAGGGAUCAGUAUCAUUAACACCUUCCCCACCCCCUCCCCCAAGGCGGGCAGUGAAGAGAAUCAGAAAACAUGAUUAUGUGCCACUUUAAUAAAGGAAAUUUAGGCGUU